AUGUCCACGAUCGAUCUGGGGUCCGCAGCUGCCCUGGACCAUUCUCGCUACGCCGUGACCCUCUCCUCCGGCAAGCGCCUGGUCGUGUUUCGUCUGCCGCGAAUUAGCCCUGGGCCCUCGGAGCCGGCCCUGCCAACUCUGUCGGACACGGCCGCCCAGGAGAAUGCCUGGUCAUAUUAUGCCAUGGAGGCCGAGUGCCCGCAUGCGGGCGGUCCGAUGACGGACGCACACAUUGACAUUGAGGACUCGGCCUACGUUGCCUCGUGCCCAUGGCAUGCUUACGACUUCAAUGUCGAGACGGGCGAGUCGAGCUAUGGCGUCAAGGCGUGCACUUUCCCCGUCGAGAUAUCCAAUGGCCGAGUCAUGUUGCGGAUUGCGAAUGCUUCGAAUCUCACGCUUUCCGCCAUCGAGCCGGUCAGCGAAAAGGUCAAGUUCAAGCAUGGCUCGAGGAUAGAUGCUUGGGCACCACCAAAAUACCUUGAUGACAAGGCCACCCUGAGCGACUGGUGUGUGCACAUCCUCAACACCACCGACCCGGAGCUCAAGAUUGAGCUUACCACACACCUUUUUUCCAUCUUCGCCACCAGGGAGCAAACAGCAAAUCCCAUGGAGCUCGGUGCAGGCACGGUCCAGCCCCCGGACGAGCCUCCCAGGGAGGAGAGUAUAAACCAGGUCGCGCCGUCCCGCAUGCCUCGGGCCGGGCGCGGUGGCACCGUCAAGAGCCGGAUCGCAAUGCUGCAUGCACUCGCCAACAUUGAGCAGUGGGCAAUCGACCUGGCAAUUGACAUCUGUGUGCGCUUCGCCACGUUUCAGACAGUCACCGCCCCUUCGCAGCCGCUCCCGCGCACAUUCUACUACGACUGGCUGAAAGUCGCCAACGACGAGGCCAAGCAUUUCUCCCUGCUGCGCGCACGGCUCGAGGAGCUGGGCAGCUCAUUCGGCGCCCUCCCCGUGCACCACGGGCUCUGGGAGUCGGCGGUACGAACGGCGCACGAUCUGCGCGCGCGGAUCAGUGUCAUCGCGCUCGUCCACGAGGCGCGGGGGCUCGACGUGAACCCGCUCACCAUCGAGAAGUUCCGGAAGGCGCAGGACCCAGAGAGCGUCGAGGUGCUGGACAUUAUUCACAAUGACGAGAUCACCCACGUCACGACAGGUCAUCGGUGGCUGAGCUGGAUCUGUGAGCAGGAGGGCACGGAUCCGGUCAAGGUAUUCCGGGAGAAUGUCCAGGAGCAUUUCCGGGGCGCGGUCAAGGGCCCGUUUAAUGUCGAGGCCAGGGCCAUGGCAGGCAUGGGAACGCAGUAUUAUGAGGAUCUUAGUGGACAGCCGUGGUCUGGGGAGAUCAUUGCCGGAGGCUGA